UGCCGCGAGUGUGCGUCGGUCAGGCCUGUGUGUUGUCACGUGACGACGACGAACACCGUCGCGACGAAGCUUAUUCUUAAGUCUCGAGGGGUGGAGACCACCCUUAUCCCUCUGAGCGUCGCGAACGUAACACCGCGUCGACGUAACACCGUACACUGCAUCAGAACCAUUCGGGUCCACGGGACGAGAUACGGGAUUUAUUUGGUCGAGGGCAGCGUAACGACGUAAAUACACGGCGUGAUCGAUAAAGGAGUACGUGGAAGCCCGGAGGUUCCCGUGUUUCGCCUGUCGUUUCGUCGGCCGUUCAUGAGAAAAGUGGGUCGACCUACCGCACGCUGGUGGAAGUUAUCUAAUGAGAGACGUGUUUAGAAGAGCACGAUGAGAGGUGGUGCUGGUGAUCGUGAUGGUCCAAACACAAUUACUGUUCCCGCUUCGGCGUCAGUUAAUUUUUUGACAACCGAGGAUAGCAUGAGCGACGACGUAUUCGAAAUGGACGACGAUCGCUCUUCCACUGUCACGAAUGUCAUUUCCGGAGGCCUCACGCCCGCAACUGUAGAGCGAUCCUUCGAGAAGACACCCUCACCUACCGGAUACCGCGAUUAUAAGCCACCUGCCGAGGUACUGAGUAACAAUUACAGCACGACUUUUAAGACAACGAGCGACUUCGAUAGCGUAAGAAGCGCUUUGAAGAAGGAUCAGGAGAGAGAUGAUAAUUUUGCGCACAAGACAAUCCUCCUCGGUGAUAGCGGGGUUGGCAAGACUUCGUUAUUGGUCCAGUUCGAUACCGGAAGAUUCCAGCCAGGAAACUUCGCGGCCACCGUGGGUAUCGGUUUUACGAACAAAGUUGUCACCGUCGACGACACGCCGAUCAAGCUGCAGAUAUGGGACACAGCCGGCCAGGAAAGGUUCCGAAGCGUGACGCAUGCUUACUACCGAGACGCACAUGCGCUUUUGCUGCUGUACGACGUGACGAAUAAGACGAGUUAUGACAACAUCAGGGCUUGGCUAAGCGAAAUCCGGGAACACGCGAACGAGGAUGUCGUCAUCAUGCUGCUGGGUAACAAGUCCGAUUGUGGGACGGAGCGUGCCGUUAAGCGGGAAGACGGCGAGCGAUUAGCGCAGGAGUACAAAGUGCCGUUCAUGGAAACGUCUGCCAAGACUGGCCUCAAUGUCGAAUUGGCGUUUCUCGCCGUUGCUCGGGAGCUGAAGGCUAGAAAAAGCGAUAACUCUGAUGGGAUGAAAUUCAACGUUCAGGACUACGUGCGUCAGCAGUCGCAACGAAGCUCCUGCUUCAACUCCAGCUGCCUGACAACUUGAACUGCUUUCCUUUUUUACGUUAAUUAAGAGAACACGCGAACUGGAACCGCGUUGGUCGCGAAGAGAUACGGCGUGAAAUUGCCAUUGCGAGCCAGGCAUUCAUUUGAUUUCCGCGUAAAAGAGAACAUCGGUGUAACAUUCGUUUGCGAGACGGUAUAAAUUUUAUACUCGAUUCAUAGAGUAACUUUCCGAAUAAACCACAACGCAGGCGAAGCGAUUCAAGUUCACCGGGUGAAUCGAAACCACAGCAUGCAUCCAGUGGUCAAGAUUUUCGGGAAACACGAGGAAUUAUUUCGUUCAACAAAAAGUCAUGAAUGUUCACACAAACCGCAUAUGUGAUACCAAAGGCUCGAUGAGUACGAAAUCGUUUACGCUCUUAAAAGAAUCAAGGUCAGAGAGUUGAAUUUUUUUUAGCAUAACGUCAGGAAGAACACGGAGUUCUCGUUAAACGUAAGCAGACAUGUGUCAAUGAUUACUCGCAUACGUUGUAUAUUAAUGUGAAUAGUUCUAAGAGGAUAGAAAGAGUUUCACACGCAGGAUACCCCCGUAGAAUAAGGCUUUAGCUUGAUGGUUCUAAUUUCAUGUACGCUACAUCCGCAUACAUAUGCGUAUAUAUAUAUAUAUAUAUAUCAUUAAGCGCUCAAAGCGAUUAUUAAACGAUUGUUGAGCAUAAGUUGUAACGUCGAUUGUCGUACACCGAUUCCGUAAUCGUUCGUUACGUUGUGCUCUAUUAGCGUUCGCUGUUCGCAACAAAGGAGCGCGAAUAAUCUUCGAUUUGCAUACAAUGUGCUUAUUACGAGUUAUAGCCCGGCGCGGUUGUGUUUCUUUCGCGGUGCCUGCGUGAGCGAACAAAAUGUCAAUGCAAGUUCAGUCGACGUACCAAGUAGUUGCGAAGUAGCUCGUGUCGAAAGAGAUAGAGAAAAAGAGAGAGAGAAGUCACAUCUCGUAGGAAGAACGUUGAGAAAACGAUUCGCAGCCACCGUUGAACGGAGUGGCGCACGAAUAUGCUCAAGUUUUCCUAUGAUUACGUCCUCCUCUCUUCUUUCGUUUUUUUCUUCUUUGUAGUCGAUGAGAGUACGUCACAGACUUCUAUACAAAUAUCACUCUGAUAGCUGCUAGUUCUGAAAGACGAAAGUGAGAUAAACAAGAAGAGAGAUGGCGGUCAUUUUUAAUGAGUCCAACCGUCAGCAUUGAACCAUGAAAUCUUUUUUUUAGAAUAGUCGGUGUUUAUGUCUAUAUUAUUUCGCCAGAUAUCGUUUGCCCUUGGAUCGACUUGUGAGAAACCGCGAGACUUGUUGGCGAUUUAGAUAGUCUAUAGAAAUCUGUGAAGUACAUUUUGUGAUCGCUAUCAAGCUUAUGAGCAUGUUUUAUAAUCGAGACAAACUGAUAUUUAUGUAAUAUUAAAGAGAAAUACUAAUGCCAAUUGAAGGGAAAAUGGUUAUCCGCAACAACAAAGGAAUCAGGAAAUUUAUCGAUCGUUAUGAUGUCAGAGUUCUAAGCAAAGUUGAGGACCGCUGUCUGUUGAAGAGUCAAUAAGCUUAAUAUACUGUUUAAUAAAGCUCUAUCGACGUUAUUGCGAAGAACCGUUUAAUCACUCUUGAUUUUUCUAAGCCUCUAUUUUGCGAUAGAAUUAACGGAAAGUACCAAAGACGUGCGGAUGUUAAUUUUACAGUAAACGGAAAUCGAAUUUAGAAUCGGUUUAGGCAGAAGAUUGAAAGAUUAUAUCACGUAUGUUACAUCCUGAUGUAUAUGACGUGCAAUCUGUUUUACCUGCAGUGUACAAAUGACAAUUUCGUGUAUCAAAUAUAUAUCAGAAGGAAUAUAUGAAAUAAAAGUCGA